AUGGGGUUUAUAAACUUUGUUGCUAAACCCUUAUUUGAUGGGCUUGCUGCUGUUGAUAUAGGGGGAGCUGUUGAACGCGAGGUCCUCUCCAACGUCCGCGCAAACGCGUCGCGGUGGGAGGCCCUCAGCAGCGCGGGUGUGGUGAUCCCUGAGUUCUUAGAGCCGUGGCCUGCUGCUUUGCUGCAGUGCAGCAGCAGCAGCAGCAGCAGCAGCAGCAGCAGCAGCAGCAGUAGUAGUAGUAGUAGUAAUGCUUUGCCUCCUCUUGCUGCUGCUGCUAUUGCUGCUGCUGCUGCACGCACACAAGCCAAUGCUGCUGCUCCUGCUGGCUCCAAGCUGCAGCAACUCAACCAAAAAAUAUUACAAAGAAACGCAGAAGGAUGUAAAACAACAAAAAUAGAUUUGAGGCCUUUGCUUAUACACACAGAAACUAGCAGGCACAGAGGCAGCAGCAGCGGGCACCAGCACCAGCAGCAGCAGCAGCAGCAGCAGCAGCAACAGCAGCAGCAGCAGCAGCAGCAACAGCAGCAGCAGCAGCAGCAGCAACAGCAGCAGCAGCAGCAACAACAACAGCAGCAGCAACAGCAGCAGCAACAGCAGCAGCAGCAAUGCAUGCAAAGCAGCAGCAAUGCUGCAUCACAUCGGCCCAGUCCUCCCCAUCAAGGUAGUAAACUACAAACACAAAAUAAAUAA